UACUUCAGUGGAACCGUUAUUACUAAAUUUGUUCACUUUUCCAUGCAUCAACUCUCAGCUCGUUAAUCUGCUUCUGUUACAGCGUUUACCAGAGAGCUUGAAUAGUCUUUUGCAAUGGCCGAAUCCAACGGGAAAGCCUUUGAGCUUAAUGUAAAGCAAGGGGAACCAACUCUUGUUCCUCCCGUGGAGGAAACACAGAAGGGCCUCUACUUUCUCUCGAACCUUGACCAAAACAUUGCAGUGAUUGUUCGAACCAUUUACUGCUUCAAGUCGGAGGAGAUGGGGAAUGAGAGAGCCGCAAACAUCAUUAAGGAGGCCUUGGCAAAAGUUCUCGUCCAUUACUAUCCACUUGCCGGGCGGCUCACGAUUAGCUCAGAGGGAAAGCUGAUUGUGGAUUGCACAGGGGAUGGUGCUAUUUUUGUCGAGGCGGAGGCAAACUGCACGCUGGAAGAUAUUGGGGACACAACAAAACCUGACCCGGUGACUCUUGGAAAGUUGGUUUAUGACAUUCCAGGUGCAAAAAACAUACUAGAGAUACCUCCACUGGUCGCUCAGGUAACCACCUUCAAGUGUGGAGGAUUUGUUCUUGGCUUGGGCAUUAACCACUGUAUGUUUGAUGGGCUUGGUGCUAUGGAGUUUAUAAACGCAUGGGGUGAAACUGCCAGAGGCUUGCCACUAAAAGUUCCACCAUUUUUAGAUAGAAGUAUACUCAAAAGCCGAAAUCCACCAAAGAUAGAUUUUUUCCACCAUGAAUUCGCAGAGAUAGAAGACAUAUCCAACACUUCCAAGCUUUACGAAGAGAAAAUGCUCUACAGGUCCUUCUGCUUUGAUCCUGAGAAGCUCCAACAAAUCAAGAUGAAAGCGAUGCAGGAUGGGGUUCUCGAGAAGUGCACUACUUUCGAAGCCCUCUCUGCAUUUGUGUGGAGAGCUCGAACUCAAUCAUUAAGGAUGGAGCCAGAUCAAAAGACGAAGCUCCUCUUCGCUGUUGAUGGGCGCUCCAGAUUUGAUCCACCACUGCCAAAAGGCUACUUUGGAAAUGGGAUUGUAUUAACAAAUUCUCUGUGCAGUGCAGGUGAGCUGCUGGAGAACCCGCUGUCGUUUACAGUUGAGUUAGUUCAGAAGGCUGUUAAGAUGGUUACAGAUGGGUACAUGAGAUCAGCCAUAGAUUAUUUCGAAGUAACAAGAGAGAGGCCUUCUCUGGCUGCAACGCUUCUUAUAACUACUUGGUCUAGGUUAUCUUUCCACACUACAGAUUUUGGAUGGGGAGAGCCUCUUCUAUCAGGGCCUGUUGCACUGCCUGAGAAGGAAGUGAUCUUGUUCCUAUCUCAUGGGAAAGAGAGGAAAAGCAUAAAUGUUCUUCUGGGUCUACCAGCUUCUGCCAUGAAGAUGUUCGAAGAACUUGUGCAAAUCUAGAAGUAAAGGAGUCUAUAUGAUGGUGUUAUAUUGUUUGACAAUUCUUUCUAGUUUUUCCUUUGUUGAAGCAUUUGUGAUUUGUCCUAGGCUAGGCCAGAAUAAAAUAAUGGAAUUCCCAAGGUCUAUGCGCACUUUAUGCGGCAGAAAACGUCUGAGGAGAAGAGAAAUUUCUAGUCAAGACUCAAAGAGGUAAACGUGAAUUCUCAGAGAGGAAUUAAGUCAACAAAAGGGAAACAGCUGCCAAAGUGCAAAUUCAAGUUUACUGUUUUCUCUAUCACUGUGAAAGCUUAACAAAACAAAGUCUCAGGUCCUAUUUAUUUUAGAUUUUCAUACACUGUCAUCUUCUAUUGUAUUGGCAAAUGUAUUGUGUGUAUCUAGUUUAAUAACAUACAAGGUCUACUCAUUUCCAAUUA